AUGAGUUUACAGUGUCAUAAAAACCAGACGUCAGUGACCUUCAUCCUCUUAGGCUUCUCCGAAUACCCGGACCUCCAGGUGCCCCUGUUCCUCAUGUUCCUAACCAUAUACACAAUUACUGUGCUGGGAAACCUGGGCAUGAUUGCCAUCAUCAGAGUCAGCACAAAACUCUGCAAUACCCCCAUGUACUUUUUCCUUAGUCACCUGUCCUUUGUGGAUUUCUGUUACUCCACUGUUGUUACUCCCAAACUGUUAGAAAACUUGAUUGUGGAAGACAGAACCAUCUCCCUCUCAAGCUGCAUCAUGCAAUUUUUCUUUGCAUGCACAUUUGUGGUGACAGAAACCUACAUGCUGGCAGUGAUGGCCUAUGACCGGUUUGUUGCAGUCUGUGAUCCUUUGCACUACACGGUUGUCAUGUCCCCAAAGCUGUGUUCCUUUUUAGUGGGUGCAUCAUACUUCUGGGGUCUACUAUGUUCCCUGACACUUACUUACUUUUUGCUGAGAUUAUCCUUUCAAGGAGUUAACAUUAUAAAUAACUUUGUAUGUGAACAUGCUGCUAUUGUAGCUGUAUCCUGCUCUGACCCUUACAUUAGCCAGGAAAUUAUUUUUGUCUCUGCUACAUUUAAUGAAAUUAGCAGCCUUGUCAUCAUUCUCACUUCCUAUACUUUCAUCUUCAUCACUGUCAUGAAGAUGACUUCCAUUGGGGGCCGUAGUAAAGCCUUCUCUACAUGUGCCUCUCACCUAACUGCCAUUAUUAUUUUCCAUGGAACAAUUCUUUUUCUUUAUUGUGUACCGAACACCAAGAACUCAUGGCUCAUGGUUAAGGUGGCCUCAGUGUUCUAUACAGUUUUCAUCCCCAUGUUAAAUCCCCUGAUCUAUAGCCUCAGAAACAAAGACGUCAAAGAGACAGCCAGGAAGUUGAUCAGUUUAAAUCUAUGA